AUGUCGGACAAGAAGAACGAGGAUUACGAGCUCCGCCCCUCCGAGUCAUUUGGAGAGAAGGAUGGCUUUCUGGCUCGGCCUCCUCCAAGGCCGCGUCCUACUCUGGGAUCGCCAAUCAGCAAGAUUGACAACAGUCCCGGCGCUGCCAUUCUCGCCUACUGCUUCUCUUCCAUCAGCAUGACAGUCGUCAACAAAUAUGUUGUUUCAGGCCAGUUCUGGAACCUCAACUUUCUUUACCUUGCUGUCCAGUCCAUCGUGUGCAUCCUUACCAUUAUCGUGUGCAAGAACCUCGGAAUGAUUACGAACCUGGCGCCAUUCGACACUGACAAGGCAAAGAAAUGGUUCCCUAUCGCACUCCUCCUGGUUGGCAUGAUUUACACGGGCACCAAGGCCUUGCAAUUUCUCUCUGUGCCGGUAUACACCAUCUUCAAGAACUUGACCAUCAUCGUCAUCGCGUACGGCGAGGUUUUGUGGUUCGGCGGCAGUGUUAGCCCUCUUGCCCUUCUCUCUUUUGGCCUGAUGGUCCUCAGCUCCGUUGUUGCCGCCUGGGCUGAUGUCCAGCAUGCUCUUGGAGGUGGCUCGCAGUCUGCCGAAGCCUCUGCCGCCGUUUCGACCUUGAACGCUGGGUACGCGUGGAUGGGCAUGAACGUUUGCUGCACUGCGGCCUAUGUGCUGGGCAUGCGCAAAGUUAUCAAGAAGAUGAACUUCAAGGACUGGGACACCAUGUUCUACAACAACCUUUUGACGAUUCCCGUCCUAAUCGUUUGCACAUUCCUUGCCGAGGACUGGUCUUCGGCAAACAUCGAGAAGAACUUCCCCGUCGAGUCGCGCAACAGCCUGUUUGUCGGCAUGAUCUACUCGGGACUCUGCGCCAUUUUCAUAUCCUACUGCUCUGCAUGGUGCAUUCGUGUGACCUCGUCAACGACGUACUCCGUGGUUGGCGCGCUCAACAAGCUUCCCAUCGCCAUCAGUGGUCUGGUCUUCUUCGACGCCCCUGUCACAUUUGGCAGUGUGUCGGCUAUUGUUGUUGGCUUCAUCAGCGGUAUUGUCUACGCGUGGGCAAGGAUUCGUCAGACGGAGGCUUCCAAGAUGUCAUUGCCGACGACACAACCCAUGAGCGCGAGCUCGCAAAGCAAUAGGGAUGCAAACAAGUAG